CCCCGAGCAGUUCCCCGCAGCUAAAUUCCAAAAACAAAACUUGGAGAAAUCGCAAAGCUGUAACAAACAACAGCAUAAUCACUCUCGUCUUCCCUACUAAGCAACCAUUUUCAAGUUUCCUUAGUUUGAUUCCUUUAAGAAUCGUACCCUCCCACCACCUCCCUCUCUUUAUCUUUACGUACAAAAUAUCAGAAGAAGCUGAGAGAAAUCUCUACUUUCAUCGGAAAGGAAAAUAAGAAGAAUGUACUAAGUGCUGAUUGGUGUACUUGGUGGGUUCACGAUGGAAGUACUUGCUUCUGUUGGCUGUUAUUUUCAAAGUCCUUUGAGAACUAUUUGGUUAUGGAUAUCCCUGUUACUUGUGCUGCAAUCUAGUAAAACAGUACUCUCAGAUUCCAACUAUUUGAUUGGGCUUGGAAGCUAUGACAUUACUGGACCUGCUGCUGAUGUUAAUAUGAUGGGAUAUGCUAACACAGAACAAAUUGCUUCGGGGAUUCACUUCAGGCUGCAAGCUCGCUCAUUUAUUGUGGCAGAGCCGCAGGGGAAACGAGUAGUAUUUGUUAAUCUUGAUGCUUGUAUGGCUUCGCAGUUGGUGACAAUUAAAGUGCUUGAGAGAUUGAAAGCAAGAUAUGGGGACGUAUAUACUGAACAGAAUGUUGCUAUUAGUGGUAUUCAUACCCACGCGGGUCCUGGGGGUUAUCUCCAAUAUGUGGUGUAUCUUGUGACAUCUCUUGGAUUUGUUCGUCAGUCAUUUGAUGUCCUGGUAGAUGGCAUUGAGAAAAGUAUUGUACAAGCUCAUGAAAAUCUCCGACCUGGAUCAAUUUUUGUUAAUAAGGGAGAGCUAUUAGAUGCUGGUGUAAACCGUAGUCCUAGUGCCUAUCUCAAUAACCCUGCAUCAGAGCGCGGCAAAUAUAAGUAUGAUGUUGAUAAAGAAAUGACCCUUUUGAAGUUUGUAGACAACCAGUGGGGUCCAGUGGGUAGCUUCAACUGGUUUGCAACUCAUGGAACAUCAAUGAGUCGUACAAACUCACUGAUCAGUGGAGAUAACAAAGGUGCAGCAGCACGAUUUAUGGAAGACUGGUUUGAGCAGAAUGGUAUUAAAAGUUCAUAUAUUAAUGAUUUGGAGACUGAUGGAAUACCUCGAAGAGUCUCAAACAUUAUCCCAAACCUUCAUAAUAAUCACCAUGAGUUGCUGGAGCUUGCUGCAUCAUUCCAGUCGUCUCCUGGUAGGCCUGCAACCAGGACUCUGAGUGUUGCUAGACGUGUCAGGGGUGCUCUUAGACAGGCUGAUAAGCCUGGAUUUGUCUCUGCAUUCUGCCAAACAAAUUGUGGUGAUGUUAGUCCCAAUGUACUUGGAGCGUUUUGCAUAGACACUGGCCUUCCUUGUGACUUCAAUCACAGCACCUGUGGUGGAAAGAAUGAACUGUGCUAUGGCCGAGGACCUGGCUAUCCUGAUGAAUUUGAAAGUACACGUAUUAUUGGAGAGAGGCAAUUCAGAAAAGCUGUGGAUCUGUUCAACAAAGCAUCUGAGCAGUUAAAAGGAAAGGUUGACUACCGCCACACUUACCUAGACUUUUCCCAGCUUGAGGUAACAGUUCCUAAACAGGGAGGAGGUUCUGAGGUGGUUAAAACAUGUCCUGCUGCAAUGGGAUUUGCAUUUGCUGCAGGAACAACUGAUGGACCUGGGGCAUUUGAUUUUAAGCAAGGAGAUGACAAGGGUAAUCCAUUCUGGAGGCUUGUGCGCAACUUACUUAAAACUCCAGAUAAGAAACAAGUUGAUUGUCAGCAUCCAAAGCCCAUCUUGCUAGAUACUGGUGAAAUGAAGCAACCAUAUGAUUGGGCGCCUUCAAUACUUCCAAUCCAGAUCCUUCGGAUAGGGCAGCUAGUCAUUCUCAGUGUACCUGGGGAAUUUACAACAAUGUCUGGGAGGCGUCUUCGUGAUGCUGUGAAGACGGUGCUUACUGGCAGUGGAAAUGGAGAAUUUGGUAGUAACAUUCAUGUUGUUAUAGCUGGGUUGACUAAUACAUAUUCACAGUAUGUUACAACCUUUGAGGAGUAUGAGGUGCAGAGAUACGAGGGUGCCUCCACACUGUAUGGUCCACACACCCUUAGUGCCUACAUUCAGGAGUUCCAGAAGCUUGCUAGUGCUCUUAUCAAAGGUCAACCUGUUGAACCUGGCCCACAACCUCCAGAUCUUCUAAACAAGCAAAUAAGCUUACUCACUCCUGUUGUUAUGGACUCUACUCCUGCUGGUACAAACUUUGGGGAUGUCAGCUCCGAUGUUCCUGCUAACUCAACCUUCAAGAUAGGUAACACGGUGACUGUUGUCUUCUGGUCUGCUUGCCCGAGGAAUGACCUCAUGACAGAGGGUACAUUCUCCCUUGUUGAGAUACUCCAAGGGAAGGAUACAUGGGUCCCAAAGAUAUGCGACGAUGAUUUCUGCCUUCGCUUUAAGUGGUACCUUCGAAGCAGUCCCCGAAGUCAAGCAACGAUAGAAUGGACAAUCCCCUCUGCGUCGCUAGGAGUAUACAGAAUCAGACAUUUGGGGCUGCGAAAGCGCUGGUCAAUUCGGCAUUUCACUGGAUCAUCUAGUGCUUUCGUGGUAGCAUGAGAAAAAGCAGAAGCUGUCUGUAAUGAGUUGCAUUAGGUUGUAACUUUUACAGGGACAAAUCCACGAAAUGUACCUAUAAUGCUGAAUUCAUGUGGCUCAUUUGAUUUCCAGUGCAAAAGAUGAAAAUUCCGACAAA